AUGGCAUUAACCAAUCCUAAUUCAAACAAUAUAUCGACUGUACUAUUUUACCUGAGCAUAUUUGAAAAAUACAAAAAGAGUAUAUACUUUGAUGGACACGAGAGAGAGGACGUUGUUGAAUAUCGGAAGAGGUUUUUGGAGGAAAUGAGAACUUUAGAAAGAAGGAUGGCGAGGUAUAAAGAAAGUAUUAUGGAGCUGAUUCUACCUGUACUUGGAGUAGGCGAGCGAAAGCUGAUUCUUGUCACUCAUGAUAAGUGUAGUUUCUGUGCAAAUGAUGGAAAAAGAGAAAUUUGGGUGCAUGAUGAGAAAAUGCCAUUGCGUAAGAAAGGAAAUGGAAAGUCAAUUAUGAAGAAAAAAAAAAAUCCUAAUAUUCUCGCAGAAGCACACUGUUACUUUACACCUGCAAAAUUCCCUAAUGCAAUGGCUGUUUUUGCCUUUGAUAAUAGUACGAAUCAUUUAGCAUUUGCAGAUGAUGCCCUUGUGAUGCAAAGAAUGAACAAAGGCCCUGGAGAAAAGCAAAGUGUAAUGCGACCGACAACUUUUAUUAAUAGCAAUGGACAAUUAAUAGAACAAGAAAUGGUAUUUGAGAAGAAUUACUCCGACCCUGAUCUGAGAGGAAAACCCAAAGGAAUAAAAAGAGUGUUAGAAGAAAGAAGCCUAUAG